GGGAGCCGAAGCAGGUGGUUGGAUCAUAUGAUGUUGUCAGGCGAAGCUGAGGAAGAGCAAGAUCUCUGAAUCACUGAAUCACAGCCCACAUCAAUCCCUACAUUCAAAGGUUAUUGUUUCCUCCCCAGUCGCGUGCAGCUGACACUUCAGCAACCAUCAGGCAGGAUGUCAUAUGGGUCCAUUGACAGCGGCUCCUUUGGCAGUCGUAACCCAUUUGGAGGUCCUAUGAGGCAGGGCUACCAGCCAGUAGCCACACAGGUCAGCCCCUCAGAACUGCAAGAUGUGUUUCAGGAGACCUCCUCCAAUAUCUUCCAGAUCAACGCCAAUGUGGUCACACUAGAGAAAAAUCUUCAGUCACUGGGAACGUCUAGAGAUACCGCAGAGCUCCGACAGAGUCUGCACUCCACUCAGCAGCAAACCAACAAAGUCAUCACCAGCACAAGCCAACUAAUCAAACAGCUCUCUGAUAUAAUCAGUGGCUCUUCACGGCAAGACCGUCUGCGACUGACCAGACUAAAGACUGAGCUCUCUGAGUCUGUGCAGCGAUAUGGGGAUCUCCAGAAGAAAAUUGCGGAACGCUCAAGGGCCCUGCUCCCUCCAGCACAGAAAGACAAGAAGAAGAGUCCCCAGACUCCAUCCAGUGAGCAGACAGAGGAGGGUCCACUGUUUGGAGCAGGCUCAGAGGGAGGAGGUCAGGCUUUCCUGUCUGAGAUCAGUGAGGAGGACGUGGAGGUGCUCCGUCAGAGAGAGGAGGCCUUGCUUCAGAUUGAGAGAGACAUGCUGGAUGUCAGUCAAAUCAUGAAGGAUCUGGCCAGCAUGGUCCAUGAACAAGGAGAUGCAAUAGAUAGUAUUGAAGAUUACAUCCAGACAGCUUCUUCUAAUGUGGAGUCAGCCAAUCAAGAACUCGCCAAGGCCAACCAAUACCAGAGACAGCUGAGGAAGAGGAAGUGUUACCUCCUAUUGGUUGGUGCCAUCAUCCUCACCAUCCUCAUCAUUAUCAUAGCUGUUUCAGCAAGAAAAUGAGGUUGACCACUGUGGUAGCUGUUGUCAUCACAGUGUCACUGCACUGCUCCUGCCCAGUCUGAUCCUUGACCUGAGCAGCUGGUUCCCAGUAGGAGGGAGCAGCCCUGCAACAAUAUCUCUACUCCAUCAUCUCUGGCUCUGUUUACAUGUGUGUCAGUCUGAGGAUGGAGGCCUUUCUCAGCAUACCUCCAGUCUGACCCUCUUAUGAAAUCAUCACUGUUCUCACUAGUGUUUCCUUUUUUUUUCUCCUUUUUUUUUAAUGCAGCAGCUGUUUGCUGUAAUCUGAAAGUUAAGUCCCAAAUGCAAAUUUAGUGAUCGCAUGAGAGGCACAAGCUGGGCGUUUCCUGUAUUAAAUGUAACGGGUAAUGCUCUAUUUUGCAAACCUUCAGCCACAAACACUAAAUCAGAUGAAGGGGAAGCUUCAGAGUGACACUGUCUUCAGCUGCUGUAUAUUGUACGCUUCCUUCCUCGCAUUUUUACUGAAAUGAACUUCGUAUUUAUUAGCUUGCAGUGUAAUUAUUAUCAUUAAUAAUCACUAUUAUAUUACAGUGUUUGUUGAUAUUGGUAAAUACUGUUUGAAUAUAUAUACCUUCCAAAAUAAAAGUCUAAGUUCAGCAGCAAGCAACAUGUUAUGAGAUGAAUCUUGCUUAUUUUUGCAUCUUUAUAUUUAUGUUUUAGUUAGUGAAAUGUUUGUUUUAAUUCCCAUGUCAUUUUUGUCAUGACUUUAAGAUGGUCUAAAGUUGGCAGGGAUGGACGCUGCCCACCUAGAAAUAAAUUUUGCCCCCACACCUACAGAAAAUACACAGAGUGUGCAUUUUAAACUUCUUUAGCUGCUUUGCAACCCACCUCUCCUCCAGCAUCUGACCCCAUCAUUGGCAUAUCCAUUGUCAUGCUGUGAUGCUGCCCUGUGCUGUCUUGCUGCUCCGAUUUUUCAUUUAUCCACAUAGAGGGGUGAGGAGGUCCCUGUACAGCCUGUAUCAGUUACUGUAGUUGAUUUAAAAACACUCUCUAUUUCUUUGAAAUGUGUCUAUACAUUCUUAUAGGGUCUUUAACUUACAAUAUAAAGCACCUUGAGGUGACUUUUGUUGUGAUUGGGUGCUUUAAAAAUAAAAUGUGAUUAAAUUAUCUCCUAGGAGCUGCUGUUACCAAAUGGUACUUUCAGGUGUUUUUCAUUCACAGGGUGUCUAUUGAUGCAUUUUUGACAGAGUCACUGAUGCAGCUGGUUUGAAAACAAGGUGUCCUUUGGCGCAUAGUGUUGAGGCAUAAGUGAGCUGGAUCUGUCACUCCCAACUUGUCAUUUUGUAAUUACUUAGAUUACUAUUGUAAAGGGCAUUUUUUGCUUUAAUGAACUUUAUGACAAUAUACUAUAUUUAUUUUGCUUAUACCAUAUACACCUGUUUCUGUGGUAGAUUAUUUGAUAAACGAAUUCAUCAUGAAAUUCAACCCUAAACCAAAUUAUCAUCCAAACAGUGGCAGGAACAGGAGUAGUGUAACUCACACUACAAGUGUUUGGUUUCCAGCAAGAGGUAAUCAACAGCAGUCAGGCAGUUUUCCUCUUGUCUUCAUGGGCCUACAUUCCUAGCAAGAUGUUUAAGAUUUAAGAUAGUAAUAGGCUUAAUUUGAUCCGUAAGAGAAGUGAUUAUGCUGUGUGUUAGUUUCUCCCAGCCCUGUGUUGUCUCCUAAGGUUUUCUAGAGAUAAGCAAGAUGUCAGGUUGCCCCGUAGGGUCAGGUCUUCCACAGUUUGUCAUCUUUUACUUAACCCCUUUGCUGUAAAAAGCUUUUCUUUUGGAUUUGUCCAUCAUCAUUGAUCUAUCUCUCUCCCUCUCUUUGGAAUCAUCUGGCUUUGAAUUUCCCAACACACUUCAAUCAGUAAUAAUUUCUUCAAACUACACUGACUCACCAAUAAGGAAGCUUUUCAUUUUUAAUAGAGUUUUCAACAAAGAGAAGAAACAAAGAGAAGAAACAUGCAGGGGGGCAAGCUUGUCAUUGUUGUUUUGUCUCAGGCAUAAUGUAACAUGAAAUUCAUUUUCUUUUUGUCUGUUGUUGUUGAGAAAGGCCAGAGGAAAGUUUCUUUAAAAGGUUACAUUCUGCAGCAUUUUUCUACUUACUGAAUAUGUAGCAAUAAUAACAAGGAAAGAGCAUUUCCAGAACCUUUUCAAACAUUUGAAAAAGCAACAAAAGUCAGGUUUUUCCUUACCUGGAGGCUCUCUAUCUAGAUUUAAUUCUGUGCAGGCUGUUGGACAAACUUAACCCGGUUUCGCUCACAGCGGUUUACUGUCUGAUAGCCUGCUGCCUCUGUAAAUACAGCAUGAACAAGGGGGAUAAAUCUCCCAGGAAAUGCAGGCUGAGGGGAAUUUCAAUCCAAGGUGGAGCAGUUAUCACUCCUGGUCAAUGUCUGGAAUGUUAACGAAGGUUUAUUUGAGGUUAAAACCCGGAGCAAGAAUGUGUUCGUACAGAAGAGGCCAGGUUCUUCCAAUUACUAGCCUAUGUUGUUAUCAAAAGAGGUUUAAUGAAAGUAAAGCUGUCUGCUAUAGAAAGAUCUUCAAUUAAUUCAAGUUAUUUUUCAAUCCUUUUUAUGUAUUUCCAGUGUUAGGAGACAGU